CCCCUCUCCCCUCCCCGCGGCCCCCACCCGCUCCGUCCCAGUCCCCGCGGCCUCACCGGUGUCCCCGUGUCGCCCUCAGGACACAGCCUGGGCUACGGCUUCGUGAACUACGUGACUGCAAAGGACGCCGAGCGAGCCAUCAACACGCUCAAUGGCCUGCGACUCCAGUCCAAGACCAUCAAGGUCUCCUACGCUCGCCCGAGCUCAGAGGUCAUCAAAGAUGCCAACCUCUACAUCAGCGGUCUCCCGAGGAACCUGACUCAGAAGGACGUCGAGGACAUGUUCUCCAGGUUCGGACGUAUCAUAAACUCUCGAGUCCUCGUGGACCAGACCACAGGUUUGUCCCGAGGGGUGGCAUUCAUCCGGUUUGACAAGCGGUCGGAAGCAGAGGAAGCAAUCACCAGUUUCAAUGGUCACAAACCCCCGGGCUCCUCCGAGCCCAUCACCGUCAAGUUCGCCGCCAACCCCAACCAGCACAAAAACGUGGCGCUGCUCUCCCAGCUCUACCACUCGCCCGCUCGGCGGUUUGGAGGCCCCGUUCACCACCAGGCGCAGAGAUUCAGGUUCUCCCCCAUGGGCGUGGACCACAUGAGCGGCCUUUCCGGCGUCAAUGUCCCGGGCAACGCGUCGUCCGGCUGGUGUAUCUUCAUCUACAACCUCGGGCAGGACGCCGACGAGGGCAUCCUGUGGCAGAUGUUCGGCCCCUUCGGCGCCGUCACCAAUGUCAAGGUGAUCCGCGACUUCAAUACCAACAAGUGCAAAGGCUUUGGCUUUGUGACCAUGACAAACUAUGAAGAAGCUGCCAUGGCCAUCGCCAGCCUCAACGGCUACCGUCUGGGAGACAAAAUCUUACAGGUUUCCUUCAAAACCAACAAGUCCCACAAAUAACUCGCUCACACCUGUUGGUUGUUGGUUUUUUUUUUUUUUUUCUUUUUCUUUUUUUUUUUUUUUUUUUUUUUGUAUGGAAUAGAUAAUUAAGAGUGAAGAUGUCAAACCUUUUUUUUCUCUCCUUUUUUUUUUCCUCUUUUCUUUUUUUCUUUUUGGUUAGUCUACAACUCAUUCUGCGCCAAUUUUCACAAGUGUUUGUCUUGGUCUCGAUGAGAAGUGAACAGGUCUCUCUUUAUAUAUAUAUUCCGGGAUACACACACACACACACACACACACACACACACCGGGUUCAAUUUUUUUUUUUUUUUUUUUUUGAGAUUCCACCUCCCCUCCCAUUCCCUCCACCUAUCCUCACCCUGUUAAACUAAUUCUUAAGUUUUUCUUAAGUUAUUUCCUUUAAAAAAGAAGAAAGAAAGAAAGAGAAAAAAUAUAGAUCUAUAUAUAUAUAUUAAACAGAACUCGAAGUAGAUUCCAUUGAGUAAAGCACUCCCCUCCCUCCCGUUGGGCUGGCACUAUAAAUGAAGCACAUGCUUUCAUUGCUAAGACUGUCUCCUGACACUCGUUUUCAUUCAAUGUCUCCACAAGCUGGAUUUAAAAAAAAAAAAAAAAAAAACCCACCAAAAACAAACAGCGGCAGCAACAGCCAAAAAAAAAAAAAAAAAAAAAACCACCAUCACCUGUUAAGUUUUACUCUCGAGAAAGUCAAGAGGCCAAAUCAGACACGGCACCGUCUCGAAGCGACUCCAAGCUUCGGCUGACACCAGUGGCCACAUCCCAUCCACCCCAUAGGGUCCGAGCACCUGCCCGUCCACCCAACCACUAGGUGGGGGUUUGAGGGUGGGACCCCACCUCCACUCCUCCAGAGAAGGACACAGGAGUCGGAGCCUCCCCCGCCCAGUGACACCCUAGAUUUCUGCACCCCAACAUUGCAUGGCUGUCCACACAUAGACAGACACAGAACCCACAGCCCCCUCUCCCCCUCUGUCUCUGUCUCAAGGACCCCAUAACAUUUGAGCACUGUUGCAUUCCCACUUCCUUGUGAGCGCUUAAAUCCCCCCCCCCUUUGUUUUUUUUUUUUUUUUUUCUUCAAUUUUUAGACUCCCGUUUUUUGGUUGUUGUGUUUUUUUUUGUUUGUUUGUUUGUUUGGUUUUUUUUGUUUUUUGCUUUGGUUUUUAAGGCUUGGCUUCCGGCUGAACGCUCAACAGCAAAGUCCUUUGAACUUCUUGCCAGUUAACCUUAUUAACUCGGACAAAAGAAAAAAGAAAAGAAAGGAAAAAAAAAAAAAAAAGAACCGUGCCCUUGGACCUUUGUAGUUUUCAGAAUGACCUUCUCUGCCCCUUAGGCCACCCCCACCCUCAUCACCCCCAAAAAAAAAAAUCUCACUUUUCUUAACUGCCUUUAACAUGGGGGUGGGGGAGGGUGCUGUGUUAUAAUUUUCUUUCUACUUGUUUUGGUUUUGUUUGUGUUGAUUCCUUUUGUUUGCUCAUUCGCUUUCCCUUUUUUUUUUUUUUUGUUUUGUUUUUUGUUUUGUUGAUUUGCAUUUAGGACCAUUAAAUUUGAUUUUCAUUUUGCUCAA